AAUAUAAUGACAUGUGAUCACAGCCCCGCCCCCUGUAUGACAUCAGUGAUAUAAUAGUGAUAUAAUUAAUAUAUUAUUAUCCGUGAGCUCUGGGGCUACUUUUUGGGUUAUCCUGGAGAGUAAAUAGAUGUCCAUUAUUGAUCUCAAUGAACAGGUCUUUGCCUUACCGUAUAAUUCCAGCUCUAGGUGGCACUCACACCUCAUUUAUUUGUUGGCGGGGUUGCCUAUCCCAGUAAUAACAUUACCCUAUUGUUUAUGAAUACAUCUUAAGGACUGGAGCAGGAAGAGUCCGGGCAGGAAGAGUGUAGUUUCCACAAUUUCCUGCGGCUCUGCCUGUAGAGAUAUUCUUCUGUGUUUUGAAACCUUCCACUGGGGACACGAUCAGUAAGUUCUCACCGACCGUUGCGACUGCAACACCUCUAUCUACUGCGGAGACCGCUCACCCUACUGGACGGAGUUCGGCUGAUUAUUGAUUUUUUUUCCAGGAUUCUGGGUGUUUUUUUCCUCUUUUCCAAUGACAGGAUGUUUUUACCUAUAGUUGUGACCUUGUUGGGAUUGUGGUCCGUCGGAGGAAAGACAAUCGACUUCACAAUCAACUCCAUUAAGCUGAAAGUUCUGCCGAGCACCAACCUGAGAAAUGGGGACAAAGUAGAAUUGCAAUGUGAUGUGAUGAUCGCCAAGACCUCAGAAUUACAGCUGAACAGCACAAUCACCUUUUAUAUGGACGAUACCAAGAUCUUCACAACAAACAGCUCCACCCAAGACCAAGCGUCUUACACAAUCCCAAAGGCCAGGGCGUCCCAUACUGGAAUAUAUAGGUGUGACGUGUCUGUGCAGAACACCACACAAGUCAGUGAGGAGGUGGAAAUUAAGGUGACUGGGCUCUCUAGUCCUCUCAUUUCUGUUUCCAAGAAUCAGACCAGUGAGGGAGAUGAUGUGACCGUGAGAUGUGAGGCUCCGGAGGAAUGGAGGAUGAUGACCUUCACAUUCUACAAGAUCAUCCAGAAGGGCAAAGAAAAGGAAGAAAAGAAGUCCAAAGGCAGCACUGACAACCAUAUGGAGGUCAAAUUUAGGAUCAAAGAAGGAGAAGAAAUCUUACAAUUUAAGUGUGAAGUACAACUCGUUGUUACAAGUGAAACCUCCCCACCUAGCAAAAUGCAGACAGUCACUGUGGUGGCUCAGUUCAGUACACCCAGGAUCGAGGUUUCACCGUCACUCAACUUCACUGAAGGAAAAAACAUGUCGGUGCUGUGUUCUGUUCAGGAGGCUCCGAAGCGUUCAGAAGACAUGAAGCUGACACUGCAGAAGGACGGACAGAUUAUCGACAGCUCCACCACAAAUACCUUGUUCUACUCUCGAGUUGCCACAGUGGAGGACAUGGGCAACUACACCUGUAAGGUGGAGAGCAGGAAAACCUCCAAGUCCAACAGCGCCAAGAUAGUCAUAAUCGAACUAUUCCCCAGACCCCAUCUGAAGCUGCAGAGGACGAGCAGCAAUCAGUUCAUCCAUGAGGACGAGUCCAUGACCCUGAGCUGCUUGGUCGAUGGUUUAUCGCAGCAAACGGCAAAUAAUCUGGAGUAUAAAUUCUUAACAACAAAGAGAAAAAUCACAAGGAGAGGAGGAAGGUUUCACAUGAACGCGAUGGAGUCAUUAAGUGGAUCCUAUGUGUGUCAGGUCACAAUAGCCAACAUCACAAAACUAAGUGAACCCCUGGACAUAAACAUCUAUGCUCCAGUGAAGAGCCCAGUGCUGACGCACAUCAUGAGGAGUAACAAGACGGUGAUCCUCGGAGACACCCUGGAACUGACGUGCAGGAUCCAGUCGGGGACUCCGCCCAUAACGUAUUCCCUGCUCCGGGGGAACCAUACCCUGAUGCAAAAGACAAUACACGGGGACAAGGAAGCUCGAUUUCUAGUGAAUUCCUCCAAGUCACAUGACCUGGGGCAGUACAGGUGCCAAGCGACCAACCGAAAUACCAAGAUGAGCGGAAAGUACAGCAACAUUGUGAACGUCACCAUCAUCGUCCCCAUCAGUCGUGUAAACCUGACAAUCAUCCCAGACAAGGGUGAGGUGGAGGAGGGGGCAGAAUUGUCCUUGAUUUGUCAGGUAGAGGAUGGAACACUGCCAAUCAACUACCUGUUCUACAGAAAGAAGGGAGAAAAGAUGACUCUGAUGAACAGCACCCGCGCCAAGACACUGAGCGCCCAAUACCAAGUGGGCAAAUUCAGCAAAGAAGACGAUGGCACCUAUUACUGCAUGGCCGACAAUGGGGCGAACAAGGAAGUCACCAGCAACUAUAGAGACGCCAGAGCUGUCCUCGCCACUUGGAAGAAGGUGGUUAUCGGUGUGUUUGUCUCCGUCAUCAUCCUCGCCGCCAUUACUAUCUGCGCAUACCUGCAAAUGGACAAGAAGAAAAAGGGUAAAGACAUCACCCCGAAGAAGAGCAGAUCCUCAAAGCCGGUCACAGCAAAUAAUGAGAAGCCAGCGGUGGAGAUGAAGGCGGGGGAGGCGUAUUACGGAAACGUGAAGAACGAGGAUGAGCUCCACAUUCUGAGAACAGGAGAAGAGAGUCCAGGAAACACCCAGCAGAACCACCAGGAGGAGCAGACAGAAGCCAACGGGGACAGAGCAGACACCCCCCCAGGUGACCACAAAAAUGAUGCUGCAGAAAACAAUGUAAAUAGAACAGAAGAUGCUCCGGACGCCAACAAUCACCCAUAAAAUGGUCACAAUGAAGACCAACCCUGGAAGAGAAAGCAGCAUUGAGCACCAAACCGCGCCAUCCAUGACAACACCAAACCACAUUAUCCAAAACAACACCAAAUCGUGCCAUACAUGAUAACGUCAAACUGCGCUACCCAUGUCAACACCAAACCGUGCCAUCCAUAACAACACCAAACCAUGUGAUCCAUAACAACACCAAACCAUGCCAUCCGUGAUAACAUCAAACCGUGCCAUCCAUAACAACACCAAAACGUACCAUCCAUGACACCAAACCGUGCCAUCCAUGGCAACAUCAAACCAUGCCAUCCAUAACAACACCAAACUAUGCCAUCCGUGAUAACACCAAAACGUGCCAUCCAUAACACCAAACAGUGCCAUCCAUGAUAACAUCAAACCGUGCCAUCCAUAACAACACCAAAACGUGCCAUCCAUGACACCAAACCGUGCCAUCCAUAACAACACCAAAACGUGCCAUCCAUAACACCAAACCGUGCCAUCCAUGAUAACAUCAAACCGUGCCAUCCAUAACAACACCAAAACGUGCCAUCCAUGACACCAAACCGUGCCAUCCAUAACAACACCAAAACGUGCCAUCCAUAACAACACCAAACCAUGCCAUCCAUGAUAACAUCAAACCGUGCCAUCCAUAACAACACCAAACUGUGCCAUCCAUAACAACACCAAACCAUGUGAUCCAUAACAACACCAAACCAUGCCAUCCGUGAUAACACCAAACCGUGCCAUCCAUAACAACACCAAACCAUGUGAUCCAUAACAACACCAAACCAUGCCAUCCGUGAUAACACCAAACCAUGUGAUCCAUAACAACACCAAACCAUGCCAUCCGUGAUAACACCAAACCGUGUCAUCCAUAACAACACCAAACCAUGUGAUCCAUAACAACACCAAACCAUGCCAUCCGUGAUAACACCAAACCGUGCCAUCCAUAACAACACCAAACCGUGCCAUCCAUAACAUCAAACUGCGCCAUCCAUAACAACACCAAACCAUAUGAUCCAUAAUCACACCAUCCUAACAGCAAUGAAGGGUCUGCCGCCCAUCCUGACCCCAACAAGAUAUCGUAGAUAGAGCCAAGGCAUCGGGAGACACCUCUUCAUGGUUGGCUAUAGAGUUCUCCCCAUAAAUUACCACCAUAACCAGCUCCUCCCAGAGUCCAUGGUAAAGUCUUCAGGAUUGUCUCAUGGACCCAGCUCCUCUGGUCUCCAGGAUUGUCUCGUGGCCCCGGCUCCUUUGGUCUCCAGGAUUGUCUCGUGGCCCUGGCUCCUAUGGUCUCAAGGAUUGUCUCGUGGCCCCGGCUCCUCUGGUCUUCAGGAUUGUCUCGUGGCCCCGGCUUCUCUGGUCUUCAGAAUUGUCUCGUGGCCCCGGCUUCUCUGGUCUUCAGAAUUGUCUCGUGGCCCCGGCUUCUCUGGUCUUCAGGAUUGUCUCGUGGCCCCGGCUUCUCUGGUCUUCAGAAUUGUCUCGUGGCCCCGGCUUCUCUGGUCUUCAGAAUUGUCUCGUGGCCCCGGCUUCUCUGGUCUUCAGGAUUGUCUCGUGGCCCCGGCUCCUCUGGUCUUCAGGAUUGUCUCGUGGCCCUGGCUCCUCUGGUCUUCAGGAUUGUCUCGUGGACCCAGCUUCUCUGGUCUUCAGAAUUGUCUCGUGGCCCCGGCUUCUCUGGUCUUCAGGAUUGUCUCGUGGCCCCGGCUUCUCUGGUCUUCAGAAUUGUCUCGUGGCCCCGGCUUCUCUGGUCUUCAGGAUUGUCUCGUGGCCCCGGCUCCUCUGGUCUUCAGGAUUGUCUCGUGGCCCCGGCUCCUCUGGUCUUUAGGAUUGUCUUGUGGCCCCGGCUUCUCUGGUCUUCAGGAUUGUCUUGUGGCCCCGUCUCCUCUGGUCUUCAGGAUUGUCUCGUGGCCCCGGCUCCUCUGGUCUUCAGGAUUGUCUCGUGGCCCUGGCUCCUCUGGUCUUUAGGAUUGUCUCGUGGCCCGUCUCCUCUGGUUUCCAGAAUUGUCACGUAGCCCCGGCUCCUCUGGUCUCCAGGACAGGAGAUGCCAUCUGCUCCCAUCAUAGGAGGACAUGUUAUCUACAGCUGGUUCAUGAGAAGAAAGGAUAAAAGGGGCAACAAGCCCCAUGAUGCACUAGAGUCAUAUAGAUCCCAAGAGAUCAGAGGAUCUCCCCCCCAGCCACGGCGCCCCUAAUACCCCAUAAUUCCUGAAUACCGAAUGCGGGAAAACAAUGCUUGCCCCCCUCCCCACAAGACACCGGAAUAUACUACUGCUUCAUUGUAUUGUCUGCUUGUUGUAAAUAAAGAUUUUAUA